AUGGCAAACUCAACCUUAAUUACGGUAUUGGCAAUUAUUUACCUCAUCAUGGCCGUUAGUUUCUUCUUCAAUGGAGAUGCUGCACCUUUGAAUGAGAAGCGACCGGCGAACACGUUGAAUGAUGACGUACGGAUAUACGCAAAUGGCCAACGAAUCACAUACAGCGAGCUACAAUUCCAAGCAGAAUCAUCCGACCAAUACACUUUUGUGUUCAAGCACGCACAUUUUUUAAAAAAUACAAACUAUCUGAGGAAUGUCUUGGCGUAUUAUGAAGGUUUACAUCCUUUUAAACCGUAUCUAUGUAAGAUUGUCGAAUAUUACGAACGCAAACUGGCAGAAACAAAUGGCUCGUUGUGUGUAACCUUUCGACCUAAUGAACUCUGUACAGCAUACGUUGGAGCCCUUAUUGGUAUUACCGAUACAGAGGUGAAACUACCAUCAUUUGAACUAGACUCACCUGAGGUAAUUGCUGCCUUAUCCUGUUUUCCAUGUGCAUCUAUCGAAAUACAGGAGGCAUUUAUGAAUUUUUGGAUGUUACUUUAUCAGGCUAUUUAUGAGACGUGCGCCGAAAAGUUGAAAAAACUUGCCGCGGAGAACGCAGCAAAUGGCUCCCAAGAAGCGAGCGGUGUCGCCACUGCAGCCAAUCUAAGGGACAGUAAUGGCAUCAGCGGUAAUAAUGAAGAGCUAAUUCUUGAUUGCAGCCGUAAUGAUUUGAAUGAAGAGCCUUGGUGCCCAGAAAAUGGGAUUGAUGCCUCACCGUAUAUUAUAGGGUCGUUGGGUGCCUGGAAUCCCGAACCAGAUCGGCCAUUAGAUGAUUCAAAUGAGUCAGGUGAGGUGGCCGGAUCUUCCAAUGAUGGCGAAGUGCGGGACCGAAAUUCUAGUGUCAGCGAAUUAAGCCCAGAGCACCAGUACGAGUCAUUGUCUGAUUUCUACAUUCAACCUGAGGUAGCUGAAGGGGAUGAGGAUUCAGAUUGGGACAAAUACUUCGAAUCGUUUUUAAGGCGCCUCAAAAAAUUACCGGACGAGAAUGUGAGCAGUGAUGCUUCGUCGACGUAA